GCGGGGCUCGUGGCCGGAACUGGAACCCUCUGCUGGGGCCGGGGCGCGCGCCGGCUCCGCGGGGCGGGCAGGUGUGCGGCGCGUGCACCUGGCGAGCGAUGGCGUCGCGCGCGGGUGCCCCGGGGUAGCGCGGGCGAGGCGGCGGGGCCCGGCCCGGGCAACGAUGGGGCUCCUUCGGCUGCUGGUCCUGGCGGUGCUGGCGUCGGAACCGGGGGCGGCCGGCGGAGCAGAGACCGUCGGGAACUCCAGCGAGGGUCUUCUUGAAUUUUCUGUGGGGAAAUUUAGAUACUUGGAGCUCAAGAAGACCUUUCCAGAGGAGGCUGUGCUGCUUCAUAUUUCCAGUAAUGUCACUUUUCUUAUUUUCCAAAUACACUCACAGUAUCAGAAUACAACAAUUUCUUUUUCUGAGACUCUCCUUCCUAAUGCCUCGGGAACAGGCACUGACAAAGGACUGGUUUUCAUUCUUAGACCAGAGCAGAGUAUGUGCACUUGGCGCUUGGAGACGUUAGACCCUGAGCCUGUCCAAACUGUGGCCAUUCUACUCUCCUACUCGGAAAGCGAUCCUAUCCCUGGUGGCUGUAAUUUGGAGUUUGAUUUGGAUAUCGAUCCCAACAUUUACUUGGAGUAUAAUUCCUUUGAAACAACUAUCAAAUUUGCUCCAGCAAACCUAGGCCAUGCAAGAGACGCAGAUCCUCCGCUGUGUGACACUGAGACGGGCCGGGACUCCAGGUGGAGGUUACAGUAUGACGUCUAUCAGUAUUUUCUGCCCGAGAACGACCUCACUGAAGAGGCGUUGCUAAGGCAUCUGCAGAGGAUGGCCGAGGUGCCCCUGGUGCAGGCCAAUGCUGUGAAGGUAGUUACUCUAACAGCUGAUGAUAAGACAAGUGUUUCUUUCUCCUCCCUCCGGGAACAAGGUGUCAUUUACAAUGUCAUCGUUCGGGAUCCGUUUCUAAAUACGUCUGCGGCUUACGUCCCUGCUCACACGUACGCUUGCAGCUUUGAGGCAGGGGAGGGUAAUUGCUCUUCCCUUGGAAGAGUAUCUACCAAAGUGUUCUUCACUCUUUUUGCCCUGCUUGGUCUCUUCAUCUGUUUCUUUGGACACAGAUUCUGGAAAACAGAACUAUUUUUUAUAGGCUUUAUCUUCAUGGGAUUCUUCUUUUAUAUACUGAUUACAAGACUGACACCUAUGAAAUAUGACGUCCGCCUGAUUCUGACAGCCGUCGCUGGAAGCGUUGGUGGCAUUUUCUUGGUGGCUGCCUGGUGGCGCUUUGGAGUCCUCACACUCUGCAUGCUGUGUGUGGGACUGGUGCUGGGCUUCCUCGUGGCCUCAGUGACUUUCUUCACUCCACUGGGAAACCUAAAGAUCUUCCGUGAUGACGCAGUGUUCUGGGUGACCUUCUCUUGCAUAGCUGUUCUCAUUCCCGUGGUUUUCAUGGGCUGCCUAAGAAUACUGAGCAUACUGAGUUGUGGAUUCAUUGGCUCCUAUUCGGUGGUCUUGGCUGUUGACAGUUACUUGUACACAAGCCUUUCUUACGUCACUUUGAAUGUACUCAAGAGAGCGCUCCACGUGGAUUUCCGCAGAGCUUUCAUGAAUGUGCCUUUCCAAACGAAUGACUUUAUUAUCCUGGCCGUAUGGGGGAUGUUGGCUGUGAGUGGAAUUACGUUACAGAUUCGAAGAGAAAGAGGGCAGCCGUUUUUCCCUCCCCACCCUUACAAGUUAUGGAAGCGAGAGCGUGAGCGCAGAGUGACGAACAUUCUGGACCCCAGCUACCACAUCCCGCCACUGAGGGAGAGGCUCUACGGCCGACUAGCCCAGAUCAAAGAGCUCUUCCAGAAGGAACAGCCAGCCGGGGAGAGAACGCCCCUGCUGCUGUAGCUGCCAGAGGGCUUGGUCAGUGCGAUCUCCAAGUACAGCCCAGGCAGUACAGCCCAGGCACUGCCUCAGACUUGGCGUUGCUGCCCUGCUGCUUCAGCCAUCUCUGGGCCAGGUCUGCCAAGAAACCGACUUCUGUGUGUGUGCUUUGGACAGUGCUGUGGUCUCCUUAUUGAUAUAGGGUCAGGACAUGCCAGGGUGAUGACAGUAAUCCUGAGUGAGAGUGAGAAAGAUGGCCAAAAAGGUGGUGGUAGGGAGGUUUUUCCUUACUAAGAAAAGGUUAAGAAAUUACCUUUUGGUUUAUAAAUAUAUGUCAAUUUAUUCCAUUAAAUAGAUACACUAAAAAAAAAAAAAAAAAA